AUGUUUUCCGUCAAACAGAUUUUUCCGAUAGACUACGAAGGAGAAGCCUCACGUCGCCUUCUAGAAGCUUCUCAUUCCGGCGAUCUGUCCUUAGCCUCCGAUUGUAUUUCCGAUCCCUCUGUUGACGUCAACUUCGCAGGCGCCGUCACUUUGAAGACUAGAAACACCGAGUUACUUCUGAUCCCCGAAUCAUCCAGUCAGGUAAGCUUCGGGAUUGAGGAAUUUCUCUCUGACGUCACGCCUCUUUUCCUCGCGGUUCAUGCCGGAAAUUCCUCACUCGUCCGAAAGUUACUGAGUGCGGGAGCUGAUGUAAAUCAAAAACUCUUUAGAGGCUUUGCGACUACUGCAGCAGUGAGGGAGGGCCACAUUGAUAUUCUUGAGACCUUAAUUAAAUCAGGGGCAUCACAGCCAGCUUGUGAAGAGGCUCUUCUAGAGGCAAGCUGCCAUGGACAAGAAGGGUGUAUGGAAUUGCUCAUGAGUUCUGAUUUGGUCCGACCUCAUAUUGCUGUACAUGCACUUGUGGCCGCAUGCUGCCGGGGGUUUGUCGACGUGGUUAAGACACUCAUAAAGUGUGGUGUGGAUGCAAGUGCGACGGACCGGGUGCUUUUACAGUCACUUAAGCCUUCUCUCCACACAAACGUGGAUUGUAAUGCGCUAGUUGCAGCUGUAGUUCAUAGGCAGGUCCAUGUUGUCAGUUUGUUCCUUCAGAAUGGUGCUACGACAGAGUUUGAAGUGAGGCUUGGAGCAUGGUCAUGGGACGUUUCAACUGGUGAAGAACUCCGCGUGGGUGCUGGACUGGGAGAACCAUACGGUAUCACCUGGUGUGCAGUUGAGUAUUUUGAAAAUAGUGGUGCUAUAUUAAACUUGCUCCUGCAAUAUGUUUCCUCAAAUAGUUAUCACCAUGGAAGAACUGUUCUACACCAUGCUAUCCUCUGUGGCAAUGUCGAGGCUGUUAGGAUACUCUUAGAAUGUGGUGCUAAUGUGGAAUCCCUAGUCAAAACAACCAGCAAGGCCGAGUACCUUCCGAUACACAUGGCAUGCCGUCUAGGCUUACCAGCUAUAAUUCAAUGCCUUAUUGAUUUUGGUUGUGACUUGAAUUCUUUAACAGAUUCUGGUGAGACAGCUCUGAUGAUUUGUGCAAAAUAUAAACAAGAGGAGUGUCUUAAAGUCCUAACAAGGGCUGGUGCUGAUUUUGGCUUGGUGAAUAUCGCAUGUCAAUCGGCAAGUUCACUUGCUGAGUUAUACAACUGGUCACAUGGUUUUCAACAAGCAGUGUUGGGUGUAACUAAAAACGGCAAGAUACCCAAAUCCAGCAAUACUUCCACCUUUUCUCCUUUGAUUUUUGUAUCUAAGGCAGGAGAUACUGAAGCAUUGAAAACUGUCAUUGAAUCUGGAGAGUUUGAUCUUGACUAUCAAGAUGAUAGUGGUUUCUCAGCUGUUAUGCACACAGCCGUGAAAGGUCAUGUUGAAUCAUUUCGAUUGCUUGUAUAUGCCGGAGCCGAUGUAAAGCUGUGCAAUAAGUCUGGUGAAACAGCAAUAAUGCUAUCUAAAUUGAAUAAUAACUGUGAUUUAUUUGAAAAGGUCAUGCUUGAAUUCGCACUUGAAAAUGGUAAUAAAAAUACUGGUGGCUUCUAUGCUCUACACUGUGCAGCUCGUCGUGGGGAUUUGGAUGCGGUUACAUUGUUGACCAACAAAGGUUUUGAUGUCAAUGUUCUAGACGGAGAAGACUACACUCCACUCAUGUUAGCAGCAAGGGAAGGCCAUGCAUCCAUUUGUAAGCUUUUAAUUUCAUAUGGUGCUCAUUAUAAUGCUAAAAAUACAAGAGGUGAAACCGCACUUUUACAUGCAAGGAAAUUUGGUGGAGGUAAAAACGAUGCAGAGGGUGUUAUACUAGAUGAAUAUGCUCGUAAAUUGGUAUUAGAUGGUGCCUACGUUCAGAAACACACAAAAUGUGGUAAGGGCACCCCGCAUGUAAAACAAUUACGUAUGUUGGGUUCAUCAGGUGUUCUUUGUUGGGGUAAGUCAAGCAGGAGAAAUGUGGUGUGCUGUGAGGCAGAGUUAGGGCCAAGCUCCAUUCUGCGUAGAAAUAGGUACAACAAAGGUGAUGCAGAAGAACCUGGAAUGUUUAGGGUGCUUACUAAUAAGAACAGGGAAGUGCAUUUUGUAUGUGAGGGAGGGUUUGAAGCUGCUGAGCUUUGGGUGAGGGGUAUUAAACUUGUAACCAGAGAGGCUAUUUUUCAUAAGCAGAGAGACAUAUAA